AUGCCUCAACCUCAACGACAACCACAAGUUAGUCUUUCAGACGCUCUACGGAAUUUUUCUGAGGCCGCUCAGCAACUGGCGCAAUCAUGGGAGCACGAGUACGGCCAGGGUGCCCCCAAUCCCUUUUCAGCUAUACCCGUGCCCAGCCUACCCAAUCAACAUGCGGCCCCAGUUGAGCCGCCAGCCAAAGUUGAGGGGACAGCAGAAUCCCGAUCAACUCCAACCCCCGAAGUCCAGGAUAUGGAUUCUAUCCUCCAGCGGGAGUGUGCCGUAUCCAGUGACAUGGAAUCCGGCGACGAAGGCCGAGCGCAGACGCAACAAGACCAAAAGGUGUGUCUACGCUGCUUCCGCUCGUGGAAACACAACAUCCAAGCAGGCGAAGAUGUUCGCCCUUGUGUGUUUUCUCAAGGCCGAUCUGGGCGGGCCUUCAAGUGUCAAUAUUGCUCUACCGGCCGGCUUGAGUGCAUCGCUAUACCAGCAAGUAUCACUCGACCUGUGAUGCAGCAAAAGGCUGCAUUCGAGGGCGCGGCUCGUGGUGCUGACGAAAGCCGUUCUCAUGAGCGCUUUUUGGAAGCAUACUCCAAUGCAUGGGCUGCCAUUCGCCGAACACCAUCACUUCAAAGGUCCGGUCGGUGGAGCAGCCGAGGAAAGGAAGGAACCCGGUAG